AUGGAGCGAUAUCUUAAAGACACGAAAGAUUUCUGUAUCGAAGAGACAAAUUCGAGAGAUGUGGUUGUAGCCGGGGAAGUGGGCACGACACUGGGUAGCGAAAAACCCAUUGAGCUUGUUGGAGCAAAGAAAAUAAGCAUGCAACAGACACUACAGAGUAUAGAAAAUGUCUCGUUGUCUGGUUGUCAGAUUGUUGCUUUAGGAGGAGAGGGACUAAAACGGCUGGCUCCAAAGGUGAUGGAACUUGAUUUGUCGAGAAAUCUACUUAGCAAAUGGAGUGAUGUGAUUACAAUCAUUCGUGAAUUACCAUUAUUGAAGUCCUUAAUACUAAGUGGAAACAGGUUUUUGAUAGAUGAGCCAGUAGACAUGAUAGAAGAUUCUUGUGUGUUCGAAAACUUGAAGGUGUUAGUGCUGAACCAAACUAUGUUGCCAUGGAAAAAUGUUCAAACUAUUGUUACGCGUCACUUUCCGAAACUCGAGGAAUUGCAUGUAGCUGAUAAUGAAUACAGUGACGAAGAGUUGGUGGAGAUAACAUUGAGUGGUGAAUGUUUGAUGGCACUGUCGGUACUGGAUCUAAGCCUCAAUUGUCUGACAUCCUGGAAACAAAUAGUUUGUAGUGUCGGAGCUAUGUUUCCCAACUUAAGUCAGCUGAUAUUGAAUGGAAAUCGCAUCGUGACGCUUGUGACUGAUGAAACUGAAACUCACUCUGCGUUUCAAAAGCUGACGAUGCUUUCAUUAAGUGACAACCUGGUAGACUCGUGGACCUCAAUUGAUGCACUCAACGCUUAUCCUCUAUUAGUCAAAUUUCGUUUUUCGAAGAACCCAUUGACAAAGCACAUGAGUCUUGGAGAGGCUCGGAUGCUGGUCAUUGCCCGAACCGAACGUAUUGCAGUCUUCAAUGGCAGCCUUGUUCGAGAUCGAGAGCGCAUGGAAGCUGAACAAUUAUACCUGAAGCGUAUCCUGCAUGAACUAGCAGUCAUGAAUAACAAUGCGUCUGAGUGCGAACGUGUGCUAGCAAUUCAUCCGCGCUUCUCUCGCUUGCGUGAGUUGUAUUCUGAUAUAUCCAUCGAUUCGAGUGGGAACUUCGGGGGCGGUGGAUCGACAAUUGGCCCACAAAAGCUGGCGUCGAGCCUUAUUAAAGUCAUUAUCAUUCCAAUGUCAAUGCAAGCAACAUCUUUUGAGCCUUUGGUAAAAAAGAUAUCUCAGCAGAUGAAAGUUUCGGAAUUAAAGUUUCUCAUUGAGGCAAAGUGUGGUAUUGAAACUUCAGCACAGGUGCUCUCGUUUCGAAAUGAUGCAAGGAGUAUGCCAAUGCUGCUAGACGAUGACAGCGCCGAAGUGAAUUACUAUGGAGUGCAGGAUGGAUCUGAAAUAUUGGUUAAUGACAAUGAGCAUUUGUGA